AUGUCUACGAACAUUGGAGGUUUAGAAGACACUUCGAAAAGUUCAAAUGAACGUAAAUACAUAAUGAUGUUUAAGAGCAUGUUCGAUCGAAAAUUAUUUACGAAAGAUUUCGAUAUGUGGACUGUACGAAAGCAAUACGAGUGGAUAAACGAUAACAUCGCCACAUUCUUUCCAAACGUACCAAAAUCAUUGUUAGAUUUUAUUCCGGCCCUUUAUCAUCCAGGAGAUUGCAAUCAGUCACCGAUACAGAUACCCGAGUGGUUGGACAUGGAUAAGUACCGCAGAGGGCAGAAAUUUGUGUGUGAAAAUUUUGCGUCAAUUUUUUUUGCCAAAAUACUGGGCUACAUAAUAGUGUAUGCCUUCCAUGACUUUGCAAAACCGUUAAUCGUAUCAAAGGGCUCUCAAACGCCAUAUACAGCAUUCAAAAAAUAUACUUCGACCAUACAACGAUUCGUUAGUUGGUACGACGGAGAGCCUUGGAUUGAAGGAACGCCAGCCUAUAAAGACAUGCAAUUUGCACGUAAAAUGCAUUUAAUGAUACAGUCAAAACUGCGCAAACUCGAUCACGAGCAAAUUGACAACAAGUCCAAAAUCGAGGAGCCGUGGUGCCCAGAUCGCGAGUUGUUUCUGAAGGAUUUCAACGCGGCGUGUCCACUUGAGAAA